GAGCAGAAGAAGCUCAUCGAUGUAUCGAGACUGGUUGGCCUGUUCUUGGCCAAUGGUUUCGAGUGGAAAGAUGGGGUCAAGUUCCCCGCCAGUGAGGGAUUUGAUGGCUUGCGUUACCUCGAGUCGGUUACUCUGACACUUUGGAUGACACAACAACAACUUUCCUCUACUUUUGUUCUGUGAAGGAGGAAGGUGGAAGAUUGAUCUCAUGAUUUCGCAGGCAUAUCCAGGUUUCUGGACGAACCACGGCCGCAAGGCUAUCAAGGAGGAACUUGUUCAUGCAGAUAUGGAUGCGAUACCUAUAGCUGUCGUGAAACACGAGCGCACUGCCGAUGGUGUUUACAAUGACGGUGAAGGAUCGAGAAGAAAAAAGGCUCGUUUAACACAGCCGAGCGUCCCGCAGCCAUGUACCGCUCCCAUCAUCCAGAUUCCUUCAGCGCCGGUACUACCCAUGCAUGCACAGAUAGCUACACCCACCACAUCCUCUCUUUCGUCUGCGCUACAUCCAUUGUCGCCAUCUACACGCCCGUAUUACUGAACUCCGGACUGGGAAUG